CACAAUGAUAGGACCCCACUCAAUCGAGGUCCCACAGCUGAGAUGAACGGUACAGAUAAUUUAAAGAACCGAGUGUUUAAAUUCCACAACAAAAUUAAUAAAACGGAAGUGGAGAAGGUUAGGGCAGUAACACUCCCACCCCACAGAUGGACGACAUGGCUGCAUACUACCCUCCGCCUUCGGCUCAUCCGCCACCACCUUUCCCUUAUUACCAACCCCAUCCGCCGCCCCUGGGACCGCCGGCUCCACCGCCACAACAGGUGGCUCCGCCUCCCCCUCCGCCGCCUCCUCAGCAACAGCCAUUCCUUUUCCCUCACCAGCCACCACCACCCCCAUUCGCCUCUUAUGCCCCUCCUCUUUACCCGCAGACGUCGGUCGAUGAGGUCCGGACUCUGUUCAUUGCAGGGCUGCCGGAGGACGUCAAGCCUCGGGAAAUCUACAAUCUAUUUCGGGAGUUUCCAGGGUACGAGUCUUCACAUCUCCGGAGCCCCUCGCAGAAUUCUCAGCCAUUUGCUUUUGCUGUAUUCUUGGAUCAACAGUCUGCAAUUGCAGCAAUGCAUGCGCUGAAUGGGAUGGUGUUUGACCUUGAAAAGGGAUCAACCCUUUAUAUUGACCUUGCAAAAUCAAAUUCCAGAUCUAAACGCUCAAGAGCAGAUGAUGAAAGACCUGGCUUGGAUAAGAAAGUUAAAGGAUCUGCUGGAUUCUCAAGGCCUCCUGAUUCUGCAGGUGUUGGCAGCGUACACAUGCCUGGAAUGGGUAAUUCUGCUUACAGCAUGAUUGGUUAUCCAUCUACACAAAGUCAUGGAAACUUUGAUGGCAGGGCUUUAAAUGAGACUCCUGCAAAAUUGAAUAAUUCUUCAGCACCUUAUUUUCCACAAAAUGCUACACCAUGUCCGACACUUUUUGUGGCUAAUCUGGGGCCAACUUGUUCAGAGCAAGAGCUAAUUGAUAUAUUUUCAAGAUGCCCUGGAUUUUUGAAAUUGAAGAUGCAGAGCACAUAUGGAACUCCAGUUGCAUUUGUUGACUUCCAGGAUACGCCCUGUUCGACAGGAGCCCUAAAUCAUCUCCAAGGCACAGUUCUAUACUCAUCACCAGCUGGUGAAGGCAUGCGAAUAGAGUAUCCUUUUCAUGAGUUGAAUUUCCUUAUAUUUUUUUCCCAUCCAUUAAGUUCUUUCAUUUUAUCUCCCAAGAUUUUGCUUAAUGAGAAUUCAGGUAUGCUAAAUCAAGGAUGGGAUUGCGGAGAAAGCCGAAGUAAAUGCAAAAAGAACAAGCAAGGGAAGAUGACCAGACCAUGCACAUAUAUUGUAGCCUUCACCUAAGGGUAUGCUCAUUGGCCCUGGUUUUUGUACCAAGAGCUAGGCGAACUGAAUAUCAGCAGAUUAGUUAUUACUCAAUUUCCUUCUCGACAGUUCAUAACCUUUGAUAGCUUUGACGGUUGAAUAAUGCAACCCGGAAAUAAAUUCAUGCCCUUUAGCAAUUA